AUGGAAAUAACUGCCGAAGAACUUGAUCUUCCCCUGGUGAACACUGGAUACUCGCUUGGAUGGGUGCUGGACAAACUGGAGGAGCAUUGUGAGGAUUAUGGACGAAAAAGGGACAACGCAAAAGCUAAAACAGUAAGAUUUUUACAUUAUUUUAUCCGAACGUCAUGAAUAAUAUAAUUUCUCGUUUUUUGAUGUCUAAAAUAAUAUUUCAGAUAUCGAUGAGCGAAAUUUCCGGAGGCAAAGGCUUUAUGUCGCGGGUUUUUGCCACAACGGUCUUGUUUGACAAUGGGAAUUCCUUUAAAGUUGCUCUGAAAUGCUUUACGUUUGAUGUUGUGGAAGCGCAGUUGGAUGAGGACUACAAAAGAGUGAGUCGGUAUGGAUCUAACUCGAAUUUCAAGGGUUAACAUAGGUUUGAAGAUCAUUUGGGAUGUUGGGUUGUGAUUUUUGGAGAGAGAUAGUAGCAAAAAACGUACCAUUUUUCACACAGGAAGUAUUAAAAAUGUAGCAAAAUACCUCCCUCUCCAAGUGAAAAAACUCCUUCAAAGCGAAGUUUUUUCACUUCAAGAGGAGGACCUUUUGCUAUUAUAUAUUUUUGUGAUACUUUCCGGAUGCAAAAUGGUACAUUUUUUGCCACUGGAUCAGGUCCGUCACUGUAGGGUUUAAAAAAAAUCGAGAAAAAACGAAUUGAAAGAAAACUACUUUGUUCCCCCCAAGGCAUGUUUUCCCUACCCAUAUAUUUUCUUCGUAUUUUCCCUUUUUCAGAAUGACUGGAAGUCAAAUAUCGCAAACUACCACAACAAUGAAUGUGAGACCCUCGCGUUCUACUCCUCCUUUCCUGGAUUUCCAUGCCCAAAGGCUUACUUUACCCAACGAAUUUCGGCCGAUUCGGACUGUGGUCUGGAAGGCAAAGAAGCUCCUGGAGUUAUCAUAAUGGAUCUGCUCGAUGGAAUAUCCUUUGAUGAGGUCGAGCAUACCCUAACAAGAGGGAAAGUGUUAAAUUUUGUCAAGGAUUUUGCUUAUCUACACGAUUCUAUCGAAAGACUGCCAAGGGAAGAGUGGACUGGUCGAUUUAAAGGGAGAUCCCACUGGGAUCCAAUGAUGUUUUCUUCGGGAAUCGCCAAAAUCAAACAGAUGAGUGAGAAAUAUCCGGGUAGGGACGAAUUUGAUAAAAAUUUUUUGAUUCUGAACAAGAUUCUAGCCAAAAAAAUUGCAGAGAUCUCCAGCUACUGCCAAGAGUACCCUAAAUUGGAAUGCGGCCCGUUUACGGAUUAUGUGAUCCAAAAAAGGCCAAAGGAAUUAGAUUUGUGGACGGUGGUUCAUGGUGAUUGCAGGACAAAUAAUAUUAUCUUCAAGAAGAAUGCGGACGGAACAGCCAGUGAUGAAAUAUUGGCGUACAUUGACUUUCAAACGGCUUGUGAAGGUUGGUUAUGAGGGAAGGAGAUCUCGCGAGAAAUAGAGUGAUUUUCUGGGGGAGACAAUACCUCGACAAUCUGAAAAUUACAGUCGAGGUAUUGGCUGCAAAAGAAAAAAUUUGUGGUGGUGGCAAUGCCAGGGCCCUUUCUCCUGGCCAGGGAAGCCGGUAUAUUGACAAAAAGGCCAUAGAGGCCUACGAUUUGACUAAAUAAGUCUCGAGUAACUCGAAAUUAAGCCGAUAAAAAGGUUAUAAAAACAAAAUACAGACCAAAAAUAGAACAUCCAGUGCUAAGAAAUAUAAAACCUACAAAGUUUGGCAACCCCUGGGUGACUAAGUUGAAGACAGUUUCCGGUCAAAAAAGGUCGGAAAAGAGAUCAAAAUGAGUUCAAAUGUGAUAUCAAAAAGUAUUGCAGAAACACGAAAAGAUCUUAUUUUGAGUAGAGAGGAGCUUGCUGAAUCUCAAGACGUCUUUGAAGACGCAAAAGAUCCCCAAUAUUUGCAAGCUUCUCCCUCUUCAAAAUCAGUAAUCAUUCUGUGUCGCUGCAAUGCUUUUUGAUACCGUAUUUGGGCUCAUUUUGAUCUUGUUUUCGACACUUUUAUUGAACGGGAACUAUACAGUGACGGACCUCGUCCAGUGGCAAAAAAUGUAUCAUUUUGCAUCCGGGAAGUAUCAAAAAAUGCCGCAAAAUGCCUCCUUGUCCAACUAAAAAAACUCCGUUUUGAAGGGCUUUCCCGUACAAAAAAGCGGGCGCGGUUUUUUCACUUGGAGAUGGAGGUAUUUUGCUACAUUUUUGAUACUUCCUGGAUGCAAAAUGGUACGUUUUCUGCAACUGGAUCAGCUCCGCCACUGUACUUCAACUGGGCUGGAGAGAAAUGUCAGAGUCAUCCAAAAAAGUUGUAAAAAGUCACUUCCUUUCCAGGAAAUCCAAUGUUUGACGCGGCGAGAGUGCUGACGUUAUGUUGCGACAGCCAAAUACGUCGUGAAAUCUCCGAAGAGGCGCUUCAAACCUAUUAUAACGAGCGCCAACGGCUUUGCAAAGACAGAGGAGAGGAAUUAAAGUUUGAUUAUCAAAGUGUAAGACAAGUAUUUGUAUUUGAAACCAAUGGUUGCAGAUUGUUGAACUUUUUGAGCUCGCAUUUGUCCAACAGGCCAUCCAAUCGGCCAUGUUCUUCUCCUUCAGCGACGCAAAUGACAGUUUGAGCGCAGAAAGUAGAAAGAGGAUUGACGACAGGCUAAAAUCAAUCCUUAUCGAUGCAGAUGAGGUGAUAAAACGACGUAGAAUUGUGGAAAAGUCAAAAGAAUGA